UUGUUUCAGUCGGACGCUGAGUGCCUUCACAUCAUCAUCAUCGUCAUCAUCAUUAUCAUUUCUUCUUUAAUUCUCAGUUUGGAUUAUUCCUGCUCCUCUCAGAGGCUCCUCUGGAUCAGAUGAAGGUGGAGGGCUUGCAGGAGGACGAGGAGUCCAUGUCUUCAGCAGACCGGACCACCACUGACGCUGCCGCCGCUGCUGCAGGUGCAGUCCGUAUGGGUGGGGCUCUGUGCAGCCCCGGCUCGGCUGAACGCUGCAUGUCACGGCUGCUGAGCGCGGUGGAGAGCGAGCUGCAGGCCGGCAGGGAGAAGGGUGAUCCCACGGAGCGCGAACUGAGGGUGGUGCUGGAGGAUGCCGAGCUGUGGAGGAAGUUUCAGCACAUCACCAACGAGAUGAUCGUCACCAAGAACGGACGGCGGAUGUUCCCGGUCCUGAAGGUCAGCGUCUCCGGUCUGGACCCCAGCUCCAUGUACUCCUUCCUGUUGGACUUUGUGCCGGCCGAUGGCUGCCGCUGGAAGUUUGUGAAUGGAGAGUGGGUGGCGGCGGGGCGGGCGGAGGGCCGCAGCGAGGGUCGGGGACAUGGCGGCAUCUACAUCCACCCCGACUCGCCAAACUUCGGAGCUCACUGGAUGAAGGCGGCCGUGACCUUCAACAAGGUCAAACUCACUAACAAGGUCAACGGAGGAGGACAGAUCAUGUUGAACUCUCUCCAUAAGUACGAGCCACAGCUCCACAUCGUGUGUGUCGGCUCACGUCAUCGUCUCGUCUCCAACGUGUCCUUCAAGGAGACGCAGUUCAUUGCCGUCACCGCCUACCAGAACGAAGAGAUCACGGCUCUGAAGAUCAAAUACAACCCGUUCGCUAAGGCCUUCCUGGACGCCAAAGAGAGGAACCCGGGUGGGCGGAGCUUAGCAGAGUCAUCAGAGAGUCGUGUCGGGAUUCAGCCCUGUUGGUCUCUGUGCUCGGCCGGAGGGGGUGGAGCUUUUCCUUAUGGCAGCAGCCUCCCUCUGACAUCCCAUCAUCACCACGGUUACAAACACCACGGUUACCCCGGGCGACACACACCUUACCCCACCACCUACCUGCCGCACCGCACACACUCCUCAGUGUGUCUGUCUGAAGGAGUGUUAUCAGACGGAUGGAGCAGCUCCUCCCCUCGUCCCCCCUCCUCCUCCUCCUCUUCCUCCCUGUCCUCUCCCCCCUCCCUCCCCUUGACUAGCAGCGCUCCUUCCUCACAGCCUCCUCCUCCUCCUCAUAACUCCAGUCAGUAUCCCUGUCUGUGGACCGUCGGAUGCACUGAGCUAAGCCCCGCCCACUCACCCUGCACCACUCUCCACGGACCAAUCAGCAGCGACAGCCUGAUGCAGCCGCCCAGUCACGGUCGAGUGGGCGGUGCCGGAUGGCCACCUGGCCCCACCCACUCCUUCUGA